UCCCUCUGCCUGCGUUUGACCUUCCUGUACGCGAGGUUGUUGACUGUUUCAAACCCGUGGUAGGGAAGGGGGAGCUGGCAGGGGACGCUUGUGCGGGAAAGCAGGCCAAACCCAUUUAUGGUGGCUGGCUGCUGCUGGCCCCGGAAGGAACGGACUUUGACAACCCCGUCCAUCGCUCUCGGAAAUGGCAGCGCCGGUUCUUCAUUCUCUACGAGCAUGGCCUGCUGCGCUAUGCCCUCGACGAGAUGCCGACAACCCUCCCGCAGGGCACCAUCAACAUGAACCAGUGCACAGAUGUGGUGGACGGGGAGAGUCGGACGGGGCAGAAAUUCUCCUUGUGCAUCCUGACCCCAGAGAAGGAGCACUUCAUCCGAGCUGAGAACAAGGAGAUCAUCAGCGGGUGGCUGGAGAUGUUGAUAGUCUAUCCGAGGACGAACAAGCAGAAUCAGAAGAAGAAGAGGAAGGUAGAGCCCCCAACUCCUCAGGAGCCUGGUCCCGCUAAGAUGGCUGUGACCAGCAGCAACAUCCCCAGCGCAGAGAAGGUCCCUGCCACCAAGUCCACGCUUUGGCAGGAAGAAAUGAGGGGCAAGGACCAAGCAGACGGGGGCGGUGGCCUGAGCCCCGCUCAGAGCCCGGUGCAGAGCCAGGCAGCGGCUGCUAGCUCCCUGAAGGAACCCGCGCUGGACAGCAAAGAAGAUGAGAGCUCCAUGAACGGAGACCGGAUAGACUGUGGGCGGAAGACACGUGUUGAGAGUGGUUACUUUUCCUUGGAGAAGACCAAGCAAGACUCGAAGCUGGAAGAACAGCAGCUGCCGCCCCCACCGAGCCCUCCCAGCCCCAGCACCCCAAACAACAGGUACAGUUAUCCCAAAUCGCCCUCACAGGAGCAUGCCCAGCCCUUUCCUUCCCCAGGUACCCGAUCAGGCGACCGAAUGAUUCACAGCUUCUCUCUGAACUCCUUGGACUCGAAGAACAGUUGCCCCAUGCACAAGGACUCCAACAGCAGAGAUAUAGGAAGGGGAGCUGAAAAAGCGGGGCGUCCCCUUUCUUUUAAAGCCAGCCGGCAGUACACCACCCUGGCCGACGUUCCCAAGGCCAUUAGGAUCAGUAAUCGUGAGGCCUUCCAGGUGGAGAGGAAACGGCUAGAGCGGAGAACCCGGGCGCGUAGCCCUGGGAGAGAAGAAGUGGCCCGUCUCUUUGGCAAUGAGAGAAGGCGAUCCCAAGUAAUUGAAAAAUUUGAGGCAUUAGAUAUUGAGAAUGCAGAGCACAUGGAAACGAGUGUGUCAGCAGGCUCUGCCCUUUCGAGUGAGACACGGCAGGGCAGGAGCGAGAAGAGGGUUUUCCCUAGGAAACGGGACUUCACUUCCGAAGCUGCAGCUGUGGGCUCCAUCCUGGAUGCGUCUGCUUCUCCUCUGUCUCCACACCGUCGAGCAAAAUCACUGGAUAGAAGGUCCACAGAGUCCUCUAUGACGCCUGACCUGCCGAACUUCAAGAAGGGCUGGUUGACAAAGCAGUAUGAGGAUGGGCAGUGGAAGAAACACUGGUUUGUGCUGACGGAUCAGAGCCUGAGAUACUACAGGGAUUCGGUAGCGGAGGAGGCAGCUGACCUGGAUGGAGAAAUCGAUUUAUCUACAUGCUACGAUGUUACUGAGUACCCAGUUCAGCGAAACUACGGCUUCCAGAUCCACACUAAAGAAGGGGAAUUUACCCUCUCCGCCAUGACCUCUGGAAUUCGCCGAAACUGGAUUCAGACCAUCAUGAAGCAUGUUCGCCCCACCACUGCUCCGGAUGUAACGAGGAAAAACUUCUCUUUGAAACUAUCCGUGCUGAAGCCCAGCUCCUUGCCGGAAGAGAAAAGCAAAACGAGCUCUUCCUUUGAGACUAGCCCGAAGCCGAGUGAGAAGCCAGACGCAGACCAAGCUGAGAUGGAUCCGGAGCAGAAGCGGAGCCGUGCCCGGGAGCGCAGGCGAGAAGGACGGUCCAAGACCUUUGACUGGGCUGAAUUUCGCCCCAUCCAGCAAGCCCUGGCACAGGAGCGAGCAAAUGCUUCAGACUCCUCAAAGAGCAGCACUUCCACCUUCCCCAAGGACACCAGCGCUUCAGACACAGACCCAGGAGAGCUGGAGAGGGAGCGUGCCCGCCGGAGGGAGGAGAGGCGCAAGCGCUUUGAGAUGAUCGAUGCUGUUGAUGGGGCAGGGCCGGAGGACGCGUUAAGGAUGGAGGUGGACAGGAUCCCAGGCCUGCCCAUCACCGCGGACAUCAAACCACAGAACGUUCACGUGGAGAUUGAGCAGCGCUGGCACCAGGUGGAGACGACCCCUCUGCGGGAGGAGAAGCAGAUCCCCAUCGCUCCCCUGCACCUUGCCGCCUCAGAGGACCGGGACGAGGGGCUUGCAAAGCAGCACUUAACUGCGCUGCUGGAGAAGGAGCUGGAGCAGAAGCAGAAGGAGGCCUUGGAGCUCUUGGAGCAGAACCGGCACCUGCAGGACCAGCUGAAAGUGGCACUGGGCCGGGAACAGAGCGCCCGGGAGGGCUACGUGUUGCAGACCGAGGUGGCCGCCUCGCCAUCAGGUGCCUGGCAGAGGCUCCACAAAGUCAAUCAAGAUCUCCAAAGCGAGCUGGAAGCCCAAUGCCAGCGUCAAGAGCUAAUCAAUCAGCAGAUUCAGUCGCUAAAACGUAGCUAUGCCGAGGCUAAGGAUGUGAUCCGGCACCACGAAGCCGAGAUUCAGAGCCUGCAGGCAAGGCUCAGUAACGCAGCGGCCGAGCUGUCCAUUAAAGAGCAGACACUGGCCAAGUUGAGGAGCGACCUGAAGAGUGAAAAAGAGAAGGCCAAGGAGCAGCUGGAAGAGUGGCAGCAUGGCGAGGCCACUUUGAGCUCGCAGCUAAAAGCCAGCGAGCAGAAGCUGAAGACCGCAGAGGCCCUGCUCCUAGAGAAGACGCAGGAGCUGCGGGACCUCGAAAUGCAGCAGGCUUUGCAGAGGGACCAUCAGAAAGAGGUGCAGCGGCUCCAAGAUAGGAUUGCAGACCUGAGCAGGCAGUUGAAUGCUAGUGAACAAGGCCGGAUCCUAAUGGAAGAGAAGUUGCAGAAGAAUUAUGAGGCUUUGCUGGAAAGCUGUGAGAAGGAAAAGCAGGUUUUAAUACGGAGUCUGAAGGAAGUGGAGGAUAAGGCCAAUGAGUAUGAGAAUCAGCUACAAAAUAAUGAGCAGCAAAUGGAGAUUCUGCAGAAGGAGAAGCUGAGUGCAAAAUUUGAAGGCAGUGAGAUUGUCCACCAGCUGGAGGAGCAACUGGUGAUGAAGGAGGCCAGUAUCCAGAAACUCGCAGAGCACAUCAAGGAGCUUGAAAGGGAGAGAGAUCAGAUUAAAUGUAGGUUCCAUGAGCUCAUGAACCAGGUUGCGGAGUCGGAUAAUGAAGUUGCAAAGCUGCAAGCAAAACUGAAAAUGGAAGAGACCAACUACCACAAUCUGGAGCAAUCAUUUGAGGAAGUAUCGGAUCAGUUCCAGAGCGUGCAGAAGGUGCUGAAAGAAAAAGAAGAAGAGCUGAGACAUGUUAAGGAAAUGCACUUGAGAAUUGUGGAGAAGAAAGAUCAAGACCUCAGUGAGGCUUUGGUUAAAAUGGUUGCUUUAGAUAGCAGUUUAGAGGAGACUAAAAUAAAGCUAAAGGCCAAAGAGGAGGCUUUAAAGAAGUUAGCUAGUGUAGGCACAGCUCCAUGCGCUGAGGAGGUGGAAGACCUUAGUCCUCAUCUCGAGGCUGAUGAAAGUCAUCCUUCUCAACUAGGGCAGCAUCUGCAAACUCAUGAUGUCCUUCCAGCUCUGAAUUAUGCACUGAAGGAGGAGGAAGAUGAAGUUCUUGAGACCAGCCAGAGGCAGGCGGAAGAAUUCGGCUCGCCAUCCAAAGCUGCAGAGCUCCAGGACCAGGAGUUGGUUCAGAAAGCCUUAGCAAAGCCUGAUAUAGGAAUCCUGGGUGCCAAGAGGCAAAGAAUCCGUUUCUCAAGCAUCCAGUGCCAAAAAUAUAUACAUCCAGAUGGAUCAGAGAAGAACUGGACAAGUAGCACCUCUUCAGACACGAGCCAAGACAGAUCAUUGUCUGAAGAAAGCAUGUCAUCAGAGCCAGCUCUUGGUUACCCAUCCUCAGGGACAAGCGACUCUGAGACCUAUCUCUCAAUCAUCCAUUCUCUGGAAACCAAACUUUAUAUUACAGAGGAAAAGCUCAAAGAUGUAACAAUGAAGCUUGAAAGCCAGCAUGGUCAUAAUCAGGAAACGCUGAUAGCCCUUCACCAUCAGUGGGCCAGCACAGAGUCUCAGCUUCGGGAACAGCUUCAAACCAGCUUAUCCCAAGUCAGUGCUCUGAUCUCACAGCUGGAAAAUGAGAGGCAGGAAAAGUUCAAGCUAAUAGAAAAUCACGUUAGCGAGCUGGGAGGUUUCCAAAUAAAAAAUGAUCAAGCACUGACUUGCUUAGAGAAGUGCAGGGAGCAGCUAAGAUCUCUACCCAAAUCAGACAAGGAAAAAGAGAGUGAUUUGAUUCUUGUAACUCUGUCCAGCAUGGAAACAACCUUAUCAAAUGCAAUUCAAGCCUUGAGAGGGGCACCAGUCUCAUCUGAAUAUCAGCAGAGUGAAAGCCUUACUGUACAAACCCCAGCCUCAGAAGGAAAUUUUUUGAAAGAAGAAAAACAUGCCUCCAAGGAGCAGCAAGUGGAAAUGUUCGAUGCAGGCCAGCUAAGAUGGCUUUCUGAGAGAGUGGCGUUUGAAGCCUCUCUAAUCAACCAAAUAGCAGAGUCUUUGAAAAAUGCGAGCUCUGAGAUAUCUCAGAUUCUCAGAGAGAUCCGAGGAACAGCUGAGGUGGUUUUGUUAGAGCCAGCAAGUGUUUCUCAUACAGCAAUUGAUUUGGCCAACAUCCUAUCUAAGAAGCUGCUGCUGGAAGGGGAAUUUUGGAGCCAGGUGGAGGAACUAAGAAUGCACUUGAGCAUCAGAGAAGGAGAAGCAGAGGGCAAAAAGGAAACGGCGGGUUUGGGCUUUUCGGCAUGUUUUCUCAGCACAGUGGCAGAUGCUACAUUGAUCAAGGCAGAACUUGGGUUUGUCGCACAGAAAAUGAGAGAGUCUUUUCAUCAGAGAUUAAAAACAAUUGAAGAAGACCUUCAUAAUACCAAAACAGCUCUCCAGCAACAUAAAUGCAUGUUGGAGGAAAUCAUCAAAGCAUACAGGACUCCUGAUUUUGACAGAGUUAUGCAUCAGAUUUCUGAAGCACUUGAAAUUCAAAAAGAUGCCUCAGAAAGAACCCAAAUCUCCUGGGAUGGGAGCCAUCUACAAAUGAUGCCCUAUCAAGAAUUAGCCAAGAUGGAGGAGACUUGCAGUUUGCCAGACCACAGUAGUGAAACUCUUGUUUCCAUUCAGGAAGAUCUUGCCCAACAACUAAAGGACAAAUCAAACGUUCUUAAGGAAAUAUCUGUUGCCUUACUAUCUCUGCCUCCUGAGGAAGCAAUGAGAGAUUGCCAGAAGCUCCUAAAGAUAUCUCAGAGCCUUUCAUAUCAUUCAUGCAUGGGAGACCUUGAAAGGUAUUCAUCUUUGUUAGUUCAAGAUGCAAUUGUUCAGGCUCAGGUUUGUUAUGCAGCUUGCAGGGUCAGACUAGAGUACGAGAGAGAGCUGAAGUCUUACAAAGAAUCCUUGCAGAGCAUGGAUGCGCUCUGCCAAGAACGUGUAAAGACGGUUUCUCUCCUUCGGGACGAGUACGAAGAUUUACUUAGAAAGCAGCAGGGAGAAUACAGUGAAGUGAUAGCCGUGCUUGAACGGGAGAACGCUGAUCUCAAAGCAAAGGUAUCCCAGCUUGACAAUCAGCGAAGACUGUUGGAGGAGGAAGAGCAUAAACACAGCAAAAGCAUCAGUGAAUUACAAGGCAGAUACGAAGAGGAGAUUCGAAAUGUGAUAGAGCAACUAAAUAGGACAGAGGACGCUCUAAAGGCUGAGAGAACAGAGGGCCUAAACCAACUUGAUGCCAUUGUCCGUGAUAAGCAAAACAUGGAGCGGUAUCACCUUGAGCAGAUGCAAAUGUUGGAGGAUAAGUUCCAGGCCAAGAUAAAGGAAUUGCAAGUCAUCCACAGCGAGGAACUGCAGACGCUGCAAGAGCAUUACAACCAGAACCUGCAGCGCCUGCAGGAGACCCUCGAUGAGUAUCAGAAGCAGCACCCUGAAGCUAUGCCCUUGGAGGGGCCGGGCGAUGGGAGCGCACAGGCGGCCGAUGGGCCUGAUGGCAGGGUGCAGGUAUCUGAGAGCGAGCUGGACUCCAUGCAUGGCCUGAGAGAGCGCAUCCAGGAGCUGGAGGCUCAGAUGAAUGUCAUGAGAGAUGAGUUGGAGAACAAGCACCUGGAGGGAAACGCUUCAACUUUGAGGGAAAAAUACCAGAAAGACUUUGAAAACUUGAAGGCAACAUGUGAAAGGGGCUUUGCAGCCAUGGAGGAGACGCACCAGAAGAAGAUAGAGGACCUGCAGCAGCAGCACCAGCUGGAGCUGGAGAAGCUGCGGGAGGAGAAAGACCGCCUGCUGGCAGAAGAAACCGCUGCCACCAUUUCAGCCAUCGAGGCCAUGAAGAACGCCCACCGGGAGGAGCUGGAGCGAGAGCUGGAGAAGUCCCAGCGCUCCCAGAUCAGCAGCGUCAAUGCCGAUAUCGAGGCCCUCCAAAGGCAAUACCUGGAGGAGCUGCAGUCGGUGCAGCGGGAGCUGGAAGUCCUUUCGGAGCAGUAUUCCCAGAAGUGUUUGGAGAACGCCCACCUGGCGCAGGCGCUGGAGGCUGAGAGGCAGGCCCUGGGGCAGUGCCAGCGGGAGAACCAGGAGCUCAACGCCCACAACCAGGAGCUGAAUAACCGCCUGGCUGCGGAGAUCACGCGACUGCGGACGUUACUGACCGGGGAGGGUGGGGGAGAGGCUGCUGGAUCGCCUCUCACGCAGGGCAAGGAUGCCUACGAGUUAGAGGUCCUACUGCGGGUCAAAGAAUCAGAAAUCCAGUACCUGAAGCAGGAGAUCAGCUCUCUCAAAGACGAGUUGCAGACAGCACUGAGGGAUAAGAAAUACGCCAGUGACAAGUACAAAGACAUCUACACAGAGCUGAGCAUUGUGAAGGCCAAGGCAGACUGUGAUAUCAGCAGGUUGAAAGAGCAGCUGAAAGCAGCCACAGAAGCUCAGGGAGAGAAAUCCCCUGUGAACACCACUGUAUCGGGAUAUGAUAUUAUGAAAUCAAAAAGCAAUCCUGAUUUCUUGAAGAAAGACAGAUCCAGUGUUAGCCGACAACUAAGGAAUAUCAGGUCAAAGAGUCUGAAGGAAGGCCUGACUGUGCAAGAACGCCUGAAGCUUUUUGAAUCCAGGGACUUGAAGAAAGACUAGUUCUCCCCGCUCCGCUUGAACACGCGCACCUCCCAGCUUGAGGCAGCACAGCACCAGCACCGUUUGUCUCUCGUUCCUUACGAUUGUCCUUGCUGUUGUUCGUCUUGACGCUCCUGACGAGACUGAGCUCUGCGGUGGCGGUCCCCUGCCGCCACCUCUCACCUCCGCAGCUCCUUUCCCUGCUUUGUGAGAUGCUUCAGAGACUGAGAGGGAGAGGAAGGGAGGGGUUUUUUUUUUUUUUUUCUUCCCUCUUCAGUGCUUGUAGGAGAAUCCUUCCUUUACUGUAAACCAUUACACUAAGUGUCAGUAUUAAGGCUCAGUAGCCUAUUAAUAAGCUAGCUCUGUCGUACCAACUGUUUGGUAUAAAAGCAGGGCCUGGGUGGUAUAGGCCGUACCUAGCUCUUACUGCUGUCAAGAGACCCAGUGCUCAGAGCACACCAGGAGCCUAAUCUAACCGUUGAUCUUUACUGCAUUACUUGCACCUACAAGGGGGGAAAGCCUGUGGGAAAGUGUCAGGGAGCGUAAGUCAGUACCUGUGUAAGCAGCCAGGAGGUACAACACAUCUCGCUGGAAAAGGAUGGAAGAAAUGACUCGCCUGCCCCGUGACUGUGCCGUAUCCUGAAUGUAGGUGUUACUGAAGCCCGGUGCGCUUAGGUGUCUUUCCAGAUGGUUAUGGUUAGGGAGUUACAGCUACUCAUGUAAAACGUAAGGUCUGCCCCCUUGGCCAUGUCUUUGUCUCCCUUCUCGCUGGUACCCGGGCCUGAGAUACGUAUUUCUGGGACUGAGUCGUAAGGUCACUUUCUUGCCUCUGUUUGAUCAAACCCAGCAAACUCUUUUUGGCUGUUACUCCCCUCCUCUCAUUGAGUCCUGUGUAUCCUAGGAUCUGUGCGCAUGUGAAACUCCCUUUUCCUAGUCAAAGAAGGAAAGUAGAGUAGAAAGUAGAACCAAAACUGACUGAAAAUGCACAGUGCUCGAUGCAUAUAAUGCUCCUUUUUUAUCAGCUUUCUUGAAUUCAACUCUUCUUGUCAGCAGGGCAGCUCCUAUUUUAAUUCUUUAAUCUUUUCCUGAAAUAAAAAUCUCAAAACCUGUAUGUGCUUCAGACCUUCUCAGUCAUAACAGUUUUCAUAUUUAAAACAUACAACUUAGCAAUGUGAGGCCAAUAAACUGAUACCCAUUAAAAGUGAAUUGAGAGAACUGGUAGCAAUAGAUGCAGCACACAGGCAGCCUAAUACAGGCUAUCUUGCUAGAGGAUCUGCAGACUCUGCAGCAGCAGGCCUGCAAGGGCACUGUGGCUUAAUCCCAGGUUAACAAGAGCAUUUCAAUAUGCUUUACACCUAUAAAGCGCCCAGGUCCUGCCUCACUGAUCAAAGAGAAACGCGUACCUCGCCGCUGAACGCAAAUGCUGCUCACUCUGGCCAGAAGCAGUGUUGAAAUACUGCUCCAACGCAUUAGGUUUCCAACCUAAUUUAGCCACCAAGUGACCCACAACACAUCAGACUCUGCUUCUAAAAAUAUGCCCUAGCCUUUGUGUGGAGCUAAGCUUCCUCUUGUCUCUCAGGUGCUCAAAACGUAGUUUAAGCAGGCAGUGGCAUUUGGACAGAUCUGUGCAUUUUCAUGGCUAAUUUGGGGUCCCUAAGUAGGCAUGGUGCUUUGAGCAGCGGCUGAAAGUUACAGGAGUGCUGCAGAGCAGUACUUGGGAGAAGUUCUCACUACCAGCUCUGGAACUGGUAGCAGCCGAGGGCUUGGAGACAGGCGCUUUCUCCAUGCCCAGCUAGGCUACGACGGGUGCUGAAUAGUUUUCCUUUAUCCAGUAGUUUUCCUCCGAUCCAUGCUGAGGCCAGCAGCUGCCUUAUCCUUCCCCCCCGUCCCGCAUGGAGGAACGUAGCCUGCUGGUAUGUGGUCAGCAGACAGAAGCUGUUUGUCCCCAGCUUCGCACCUGCACAACAGGCUUCCAAGUAAGCAAUCCUCAAAGUGGAACCUGUCAAAUUAGAUCUAACCUGGGGCUGUGGAAAUCACUGUUCUCACCAUGCUGAUCUUUUAUCUGAUGGCCUUUUAAAGCAUUGACUGUUACUCAUAUAUAAUCGUGGUAAUGCUUAGUAAUAGCUUUCUGCAGCCACAGCAUGGGGUCCUGUUUCCCUUACAGCUGAGGUGGACUAGAUGAACUCUUCCUGCUUUUAUCCUUCCCGCUUUCUCAGCCAUCUCCAAUUUGUGUUUUGUGCUUAAGAGGCUACUUCUGGAAGAAGCUGAAGCUCUGUCUCUACUUGUGUGCAUGGUUUCUCUCCCUUUGGGCAUCUUGGGCCUUUACUGACUAAGUGAGAGGGCUGAUUCUCCUGCAUAACUUCAUGGUUGAGCCAAGGAUGUGUGUUUGGGUCCCAGUUCCAGCAGCAGCUGGGAACAUGACACUUCAGUGGGAUCUACUACGAGGUAAAGACAACGGUGUCUUUGAAUUAAACCAAGGACAUUAGCAUCUGCCAAGCAGCACAGAUUGCAGGACCAGCAGAGAUGUCAGUGCUGUGACCCAGGCUUUUAAAUUCUGACUAUUGCUUGGGUGGAAGGGUGAAUGAACCCACUGUGGUUCAUCUACUGUAUAUGCCUUUCUGCACGUGACAGGAGGUCGUCAUGUGUCCCAUAUGCCUAGUGUGCUUCCUUCCAAACUUAUCUACGCAGCUCUCAGCAGAGAUGAUAGUUUUUUUUUUUGAUAUUUCCUCCUUUGCUGAUCCAGAUUUGACUAUGAUGUGCAGAGCAGACUCUCUGCUAGCUUUCAUGCCCUGCUUCACCUGGCAGAGGCCUUGGGCCACAGAGUUAUGAUGGGGAUUAGGGCUCAAGUAUUGUCAUUUCUCUUCCCAAGACUGUGCUGGAUCCAACGAAUGAGCGUCCAAAUAGGGUCUUCCUCCUCCUUCUGAUCUGUCAAGUAGGGUGGGACUUGGGCCUCUUAAGGCAGCUGAGCAGAAUGUGUUCUGGGCUCCUUCUCACCAGGUGGCCUCUGACCUUUCUUACAUCCCUUAGGAAAAAAAAAAAAAAAUCUUGAUUUUUCUUUGCUUACCUCAUUUGCUCAGGAGCACUUACUUUAAGCGUGAGGACUAAAUGUUGCCAUUCAUUUGUAGUUGCAUGCUGGUAGUAUGGAGGAGCCAGGCUGAGACCUUUUCUAGUACAGGUUCAUGCCACCGAGCCUCUUGAGCCUCCAAGGAGAGAUUGAUUUUUUUUUAAUUAUUAUUAUUUUUUAUGCUUUAUACUCUACCAUACCAAGAAGUCCUCUCUUGCACCUUGCUUUCUUUGCCAUUUGAUCCUCCUGUUCUUAUUUCCUAAUGUAGGAAUAUGGGGCUUGACAAGUGGAGGCCACAUCUGGUAUGGCUACACAGAUGUGGAAACAGGCUGAUGGGCCAUGAGGGUGACCCAGAGCUUGGCACGUUGCAGGUGGCCAAAGUAGAGCUGCCGGGAGCUUUGAGCCACGUGGACUGGAUUGCUUGUUCCAGAAGAGGUGACGAGGGAAAACUGACGUCCAAGUGGACGUCAUCUUCCUCAUCUUCUGUCUUGCCAUAUGUAAACACAUUAAUACAAAAAAAUAAAUAUGGGUGAGCAUGGGCAAAAAGACACUGCAGUGUAUUAGCAAAGUAGAAGCACUUAGAUGUUAGUGCAAGAAGGCAGAAGAAGGUGCAAUUACAAUGCAAUGGAUAGCAAGCUGUUGAAGCAUGUUGGUACUGAAGCAAUGGAUGUUCCAUGGUGUGGGUUAGAAAGGCUUUCUGCUUGUGCUCUGGCUCAAAAGUGCCCUGUGAAGUGAGGCUAUGAGGGUUUAUUCUUGUUUAUACACAUAGAAAACCAUACUAAGGUUUAAAAAAAAACACAAUUCCAAGAACGCUUGCAAAGAAGAGACCACUUGCAUAGACUUUUCUCUUUUCCUGUAUAUGCACACAUAUGCUUAGCAAAAGGUCAUAUACACGUUCUGGGCCACUUGGGUCAAUUCUUCACUUGAGGAAAUGCCCACAAUAUUUUGACUCUUUCAGAUGAGACACUGACCGGAGAUACGGCAUAAGCAAGGCUGACGCUGGAAUUUUUUUAAUUUCCUUUUUCUUCCAUCCUAGUUUGUGUUUAUCUCCUUAUCAUACAGAAAAAUGUCAGUCCUCUCAUAACCUCCAGCUUAAUGGGCUCUCUGAAUCAUCUGUAAAAGAAUUUGACUUGAAGUUUGCUAGGACUCCUGUAUGAGUCAGGAGACUCAGACCCUGUGGACUCAGCUAGUCAAAGUUUUGCCAUUAGGGAACAUUUAAUUCAUGUAGAUUGGCCAACUUCUCUGGACUUCAAACUGCUGAUAAAAGCUAAGCAGACAGACAAGUUCACCGAGGAAAAAAAAAAAAAAACUGGCACCAACAACAGCUAUAGCCAAAACAAAAUGUGUUAAAAGGAAUGAGGACAGUUGCAGCGAACACACACAGAGAGUAUGGAGGACCGGGUGGGACCAGCCUCUGGCGACUAUUGUCAUGGUUUUAGCAAUGUCUAACAAGCCAAAUCAAUUAAUUUUAUUGCUUAACUUUGCUGUUUUAAAAUACUUAUCACUAAGCAAAGGGGUCUUUUAUGAACAUGGUGGUGGGCUUGUAUACUGUCCCUGUUAAGAGCAGCUAUCCUCAACAGGGAGUUAGGCUUCUUUUUAAAAGAAAGUAAACAGAAAACCCAGCCCUGCUGUACAGGAGGCAAGGCCCCGCUCGGUGUCUUCAGCCGCUACGUCACGCUUCGGAGCAGCACUCCUCCAGAUGUGUACAACUGUGUACUGCAGUAGCUAUCAGUUCUGGAGGGCACAGAAAAGACGUUUGAGGAGGCAAGAUGUUGUGGCAUGAGCAUGACUCUGUUCUGGACUACUGCAGGCUGGAUUCCAGGUUUCAUGCCUCGCUCCGCUCGCAAUGUGGCAACUCGCAGAGCAUUUCUCCAAAGCAUAAGGCAGUACUUUACUGCCUUUGCAUUAAAGAAGGAUAGAGAACCAGCAGCGCCAAUAACAGAGCCGGAACCUGAAAUAUUUCUACAAAGAGCAGUGCUUUUUUUUAAAAAAAAAAAAAAAAUUGGGAAACUUUUUUGCUGAUAGCAAUGUUCUUUAGUUAUUCUAUUUCUAUUUCUUCCUGCUCCAGGCCUCAUCAUUUUUCUAAGAUAAGAGAAAUCAGUGGCUCUUUACAUUAGAAAGUGUGUGGAGAAUGGGGAAAGCUAUGGGGAGGAAGGAGGGGAGAGAGGGAGAUCGAGCUCCCCAUGUGCGCUAGAGGCUUUUAAAUUCCAGCUACAGCUCCCACUGCACGUUUCUGUGACACAGCAGAGCACGCUGCAGGUUGCUUCUCCUUUUGAUGUGGGCCAGGUGCCUGCUGUACAAAAUGGGACAAGUCCUUCUAGCAGGUAUUCUGCUUCCAAUGCUCUUAAAAGGCACAGUAUAUACACAUUGGGUAAUGUAAAAUGCAAGCAGCUGCAUUUUACACAGGGCUACACUAUUAAUAGUACUGACAUGCAAGAUUUAGGAAAACUCAAGUGCAACAAAGCUGCAGGCAUACACGCCUCCUAAUUGCUUCUGAAUAUUUCUUUUCUUUUGCAUAAAAUUUUCCCACUGUUUGCACCCUCUCUCCCUGAAACAGACCAAGUCCUUUCUAAAUGUGACCUUUUCUUUGCUCACCUAUAAAAGAAGCUGUUUUUUUUAUUCAUUUGCUUCAAAACUAAACUUGUGUGCUGAUUUGCAAACCAGAAAAAGGCUAUUUUUUCCUUCUGUAAUAGAAGUUGACUGGAAUGCUUUUAAGCCGUGCCCCCCCCCCUCCCCCCAGCAUUGUAAAAUGUGUCACUUUUGUAACAACUAUAUACUUGAUUGGAUCCCACUAGCCCUUUGCAUUUUUUUGUGGUUCAUAUGCAGUACUUAGUUUGUUGUGAACACUUAAGCACAUGCACGCUCACUGUAGCUUGCCUUUCCUCUGUAAUUUUUUUCCAUUUUUUUUUAAAAAAGCUUUGUUAUUCUUCUCUUUUAAAAAAAAUAAUUUAAAACCUGUAUAGUAUUCAAAGCACGCAAUGUAAAUAUUUAUUACUCAGAAAUUAGUGGAGGGUUCUCUUUUGUGACUAAGUUGUGUUUUUGAUUUUUAAAUCUUGUUCUAAUACAGAUGUCCCAUUUGGGGACUGGAAGAGGAACGCUGAGUGUAAUAUGUUCAACACACCCCAUCUUCCCUGAUAGAAUGUGUGUUUGUUUUUGAUGACUGUUAUAAAUAUCUUUUCAAACAUUUUCUGCUGACCUAUACCUUUAGUUUUGAAAAUACCUGUCCAAAGAAUGUGUACAGUCUGUUUGAGAACUGUAACCCUACUGCGCUAUAAACUUUUUUUUCAUUCUGAGAACGCAGUAAUCUUGCAUUUGAUGGUGGCAUUAACACCGUGAGUGUGCAAACUGUUAUACCUAUGUAGAGAAGUAGUAACUACUUUGUGCUAGAGCAUAUAAACUAUCCUUGCACAGUAACUUAGAGGACUGUUGCAGUCAGUGAAGUAAGGUCCCCAGAUCUCAGAACCUAGUGUGUAAUGGUUUAACUCACUUGUGCAUCAGCAUCGAGGAUACUCUGUAAGGCUACUUGGACUUUACAAGGGAACUACAGACCUAGCUCCCAGCCGUGCAGAUACAUAUUGUACUACAGCAUGGAAGUUUACUGUAACUUACAGUAUGUAACUGUUUAAAUAUAACUUUCAAUACAAUGUAGUUACUACUGAGUUGAACUUUUGUGAUCCUACCGCUGUAAUAGAAACCCUUUCUUACAAGAGGAUGCAAAAGUACUGUUGCAUGACCAGGGAACAGGCAGGCUGAAAACAACGUAGCUGUGUCAGCGCUAGUGGUUUGCCUUGCCUCAGCCUGCACUUUGAGACUACUAAAAGAAACCAAGGGUGUGGGAUUUACUAGCAGAAACCUGAUUAGCCAGUCAAGUUGGUAUCAACUGAACUAAUCCAGCUGGCCAUGAACUAGUAAAUAAUUAGUGCAAUUACAAACAACUAUUUUCUCAUUCUUCCUGCUUUCUUCACACGAUGAUUGUGUGCUGGAUGCGACAAGAACACUGACUCUUUGUUCUAAACUAGAGAGAGCAAAGUAUGUUGUAAGACACUAAAGACUAUGGUAAGUAGGAAAUAGAUAAGGAUGCUUAGUCUUUGACCUGUAUUCACCCUCCCGGGACCUGGAGUUCUGGGAUGUCUUGAGAUUUUAAAGAAUCAUUUUUUUGAAGGGAUAAAGUUUUGGGGAGAGAGAAGGAAACUUUGUAUGUCUUUGGGUGAUAACUGAAGUCGCACUGGACAUCCAGGUACUAAUAGUCAGUCUUCCUCCACCAACCUAAUGAGAACUGAAGGCCUGUUCUGUUCGGUGCUCGCUUUUCACCAGUGACCGAACCAUAUCUGAAGGAGAUUCGUUCUGGAUUAAAACGUGCUCACCCCAUGCUCUAUCGCUUGUAUUACAAGAGCCUCUGCCCUCUUCUGCUCCUUAUGGAAAUAAGGAAAAGGAAUCUUGAGUAAUGAGAAUGCAAAAGCAGGAGUCAACUACAAGGGUAAAUUUUCCAGGUCCUGUGGUGAUGCAGUAGAGGCAUGCCCUCCACCUCUAAUCUGCAAUUUGACUGAGUGGCAGUAAUGACAACAGAUAAAGCACAGAAGUCUCUGUGCAGUUGUGCAUUGCUACAGCUACACUGCUGUUGGAAAAACUUGUGGAUCAAACUCAGAAACAAUUGCAGCAAGGUAGCGAGGAGAAAGAGAAACCACGGUUGUUCUGAAAACUAAUCAACACGUAGGUCUGAAUGGCAUGUCUUUAAAGGGAGGUUUCCACAAAACCAGAUUCAUCCAGGAAAUGAUGUACCAAACUUGAUUCAUUUCCCUCUGCAGAGGAGACUGUGUGUGUCUGAGGCUCCUGUUUCUAAGUAUGUGUGGGAUCUUUUCUCCUUCUCCUCUCCCUUCCACUCCAUUUUAUUUCAGUGCUUUUUUAAGAGCCACUGUUCCUGAUCAACUGUUCACUGUAAUAGAAACGUCACGUUUUGUCACAAUAUUUAUUCCUUGCAAAAUCUUGUGUGACAUGCUAGGUUCCCGUGGAUGUAGCUGAUCAUUUUUAUUUUGUAAAUAUAAUUACCUAACUUUACAUAAACUAUAUCGUAAUAAACUAUUUUUGCACCA